AUGAAAUAUGGAAAAGCGAUUGAGCUGAAUCCCGAAUACGAACAGGCCAUGAAUAAUUUGGCAAAUAUUUUCGAAGCUCAAGGCAGAUAUGCGGAAGCGGUCGAAUUGUUACGCAGGGCUACAAUGAUUCGCCCUCAUUUCGCGACUGCUUGGAUGAAUCUGGGGAUUGCCGAGAUGAAAAUGGCCAAUUUCAAGAGCUCUCUAACGGCUUUUGAAACAUCCCUUCGACUCCGCCCACAUUCCCCCGAUUGCCAUUUCAAUCUCGGAAAUCUCCAUCUGGCCGCUGGAAGGGGGGAACAGGCGAUGCAGAGCUGGAAAAGGGCUAUCGAACAGGACCCCUCUCAUCCGGGUGCUUGGGUGAAUAUUCUUGUUCGAUUGGAUGAAAACGGACAAUGCGAAAGCGCGAUAGAAAUGGCUGGAAACUUGCCAAACCCCGCCCAUUCAGCUAUUGAUUUUCAGUUGGGAACUUGUUAUGGCCAAUUGAAUCGAUUUGAAGAGGGAGAAUAUCAUCUAAGAAAAGCCAUCCAUAUCGACCCCAAUAAUGGCAUUUAUCACUCCAAUUUGCAAGUACUUUACGAGCGCCGGCGUCUCUUUGCCGCCAAAAAUUCGUCCCAACUGACUACGCAACGCUCCAAAACACACCUCCAAAAAUUGGUCACAAAUAUUACCGGUCGAUUG